AAGUGCGCCAGUAGGAGCGGAAGAGCUUACUGACUCGGGUCGACAGCGGUUCCGGCAUGGUGGGCGGCGGCAGCGGAGUGGGCGGUGGCCUCCUGGAGAACGCUAACCCCCUCAUCUAUGAGCGCUCUGGGGAGCGGCCGGUGACGGCGGGCGAGGAAGACGAGCAGGUUCCCGACAGCAUCGAUGCGCGGGAGAUCUUUGAUCUUAUUCGCUCCAUCAAUGACCCGGAGCAUCCACUGACACUAGAGGAAUUGAACGUAGUAGAGCAAGUUCGGGUUCAGGUUAGCGACCCCGAGAGCACAGUGGCAGUGGCCUUCACGCCCACCAUUCCACACUGCAGCAUGGCCACCCUGAUUGGCUUGUCCAUCAAAGUCAAGCUUCUGCGCUCACUUCCCCAGCGUUUCAAGAUGGAUGUGCACAUCACACCAGGGACCCAUGCCUCAGAGCAUGCAGUGAACAAACAGCUUGCAGAUAAGGAGCGAGUUGCAGCUGCCCUAGAGAACACUCACCUGCUGGAGGUUGUGAAUCAGUGCCUGUCAGCCCGCUCCUGAGCCUGACUUUGGCCCUCAGCCUGCACACCAGUGUCCUGGCCUCAGCUUCACCCAAGGCUUAUGGCUUGUUUUCUUGAAUCAUAGAUGAUGAGAAACUAACAUUUUGCAUUUUGUAAUAAACCCUUAAUUUAUAUUCAUUUCCCA